GUGAUUUUUCAUAAUGUCUGAAUAGCCUUAACCAGAUGGAACUUAAAAUGAUUAUAUAUAAUCAUUAAGAGAGGAAGAAAACUUCCUUAUGAUAAAAUAUAAUGAAAAAAGGGAAAACGAAAAGAUGCAAAUGGAAGAAGCUGCAAAAAAAAUUGUUCAAAUUGAUCCUAUAACUCAAAAAAAGUUUGAUAGACCUACAAGAGCAGGUGGUGUUUAUGUACCUCCACAUAAGUUGAGGGAAAUGGAAAACGAAAUAAAAAUGAGUAAUAAAAAUAGCGUUGAAUACCAAAGAUUAAUGUGGGAAUUGUUAAGAAAAUCAAUAAAUGGUAUUAUUAAUAAGGUAAAUAUUACAAAUAUUUAAAAUAUCAUUGUUGAAUUAUUUAAUGAAAAUAUUUUAAGAGGUAGAGGAUUAUUGGCAAGAGCAAUUAUAAAAGCAUAAAUGGCAUCACCUAAUUUUACAAUGGUUUAUGCUGCUUUAAUUUCUGUUAUCAAUACUAAAUUACCAGAGAUAGUUAAUUUGAUAAUAAGAAGAGUGAUUGUAUAAUUUUAAAGAGCUUACAAAAGAAAUAAUAAAAUAGUAUGUAUGGCAAUUACAAAAAUGAUUGCCCAUCUAAUAAAUUAAAAAGUUUUAAGUGACUUAGUUGGAUUAGAAUUAUUAUAUAUACUUUUAGAGAGUCCCACUGAAGAUUCUGUAGAAUUAGCAUGUGAUUUUACAAUAGAAUGUGGAUAAGUUAUGAGUGAUAUUGCUCCAUAAAAUGUUUCCACAAUAUUUGAAAGAUUUAAGGGAAUAUUGCAUGAAGGAACUAUAAGUAGAAAAGUUUAAUACAGAAUUGAGUAAUUAUUUGCAACUCGAAAAACUAAAUUUGUUGAUCAUCCAGGAGUUAUUCCUGACUUAGAUUUAGUUGAAGAAGAUGAUUAGAUUACACAUCAAAUAGAUAUAGUUGAUGAAUUAGAUGCAGAGGAUAAUCUAAAUUUGUUUUAGUAUGAUCCAUUUUUUGAAAAAACAGAGAAUGAAUGGGAAGAAAUCAAAAAAGAAAUAUUAGGUGAAGAAAACAUUAUUAUGUUAAAAACUAAAUAAUAAGUUGAUUUCAUGCCUGAGAUAGAAGAGGAAUAAGAAUAAGCUAAAGAUUUUACAGAAAGAGAUCUUUUAAGUUUAAAGAGAGUUAUAUAUUUAACAAUCUAAAGUAGUGUAGAUUAUGAAGAAUGUUUGCAUAAAAUAAUUAAAAUGUAAACAGGGAUUGGUCAUGAAGAUGAAGUUUGUAAUAUGAUUAUUGAUUGUUGUAUGCAAGAAAGAACAUAUUUAAGGUUUUUUGGACUUUUGGGAUAGAGAUUAUGUGAAAUUGCUGAAAUCUUCAGAGAUAAUUUUAUGAAAUGUUUUGUAGAGAAGUAUGCUACCAUGCAUCGUUAUGAAACUGCAAAAAUUAGAAACAUUNAAGAUUAAUGUGGGAAUUGUUAAGAAAAUCAAUAAAUGGUAUUAUUAAUAAGGUAAAUAUUACAAAUAUUUAAAAUAUCAUUGUUGAAUUAUUUAAUGAAAAUAUUUUAAGAGGUAGAGGAUUAUUGGCAAGAGCAAUUAUAAAAGCAUAAAUGGCAUCACCUAAUUUUACAAUGGUUUAUGCUGCUUUAAUUUCUGUUAUCAAUACUAAAUUACCAGAGAUAGUUAAUUUGAU